AGCAAUUAUCAUGACAUGGGAGAGUACGACAAAGCAAAAGAUUUGUAUGAACGAGCUCUGGAAAUUAAAAUUAAAGCAUUUGGUCCCGAUCAUAUUAAGAGUGCAGCAACAUACCACGCCAUGGGAAGCAUUUAUCAUGACAUGGGAGAGUACGACAAAGCAAAAGAUUUGUAUGAACGAGCUCUGGAAAUUAAAACUAAAGCAUUUGGUCCUGAUCAUAUUAAGAGUGCAGCAACAUACCACGAACUGGGAAGGAUUUAUAAUGACAUGGGAGAGUACGACAAAGCAAAAGAUUUGUAUGAACAAGCUCUAGAAAUUCAAACUAAAGCAUUUGGUCCGGGUCAUAUUAAGAGUGCAGCAACAUACCACUCCCUGGGAAGCAAUUAUUAUGACAUGGGAGAGUACGAAAAAGCAAAAGAUUUGUACGAACAAACUUUAGAUAUUGAAACUAAAGCAUUUGGUCCUGAUCAUAUUGAGAGUGCAGCAACAUACCACGCCCUGGGAAGCAAUUAUCAUAACAUGGGAGAGUACGACAAAGCAAAAGAUUUGUAUGGACGAGCUCUGGAAAUUAAAAUUAAAGCAUUUGGUCCUGAUCAUAUUAAGAGUGCAGCAACAUACCACGCCAUGGGAAAGAUUUAUCAUGACAUGGGAGAGUACGACAAAGCAAAAGAUUUGUAUGAACGAGCUCUGAAAAUUUAUACUAAAGCAUUUGGUCCUGAUCAUAUUAAGAGUGCAGCAACAUACCACUCCCUGGGAAGCAUUUAUCAUGACAUGGGAGAGUACGACAAAGCAAAAGAUUUGUAUGAACAAGCUUUAGAUAUUGAAACUAAAGCAUUUGGUCCUGAUCAUCUUACAAGUGCAGCAACAUACCACGCUCUGGGAGCUAUUUAUCAAGACAUGGGAGAGUACGACAAAGCAAAAGAUUUGUACGAAAAAACUUUAGAUAUUGAAAAUAAAGCAUUUGGUCCUGAUCAUAUUGAAAGUGCAGCAACAUACAACAGACUGGGAACUAUUUAUCAAGACAUGGGACAGUACGACAAAGCAAACAAUUUGUACGAGAGAGCUCUGAAAAUUGAUACUAAAGCAUUUGGUCCUGAUCAUAUUAAGACUGCAGCAACAUACAACAACCUGGGAAGGAUUUAUCAUGAAAUGGGAAAGUACGACAAAGCAAAAGAUUUCCACGAGCAAGCCUUAGAAAUUCAAACUAAAGUGUUUGGUUCUGAACAUAUUAACAUGGCGUCAACAUACAAAUGCUUGGGUUUGGUUUACUGUGACAUGGGAAAUAACGAGAAAGCAAAAGAUUUGAACGAAAAAGCUUUGAAAAUUCAAACUAAAAUACUUGGAUCCGGUCAUGUUGGUAUUGCAAGAACAUACAACAACCUAGGUAGGGUUUAUGCUAAAAUUGGAGAGCAUCAAAAAGCAAAAAAUUUUUACAAACAAGCUUUAGAAAUUCAAACUAAAGUAUUUGGUUCUGAUCAUGUCGAUAUUGCAACAACACAAGUCAAUCUAGGUAGGAUUUAUGCUGGAAUAGGAGAGCAUGAUAAAGCAAAAGAUUUGUACAAACGAGCUUUAGAAAUUCAAACUAAAGUAUUUGGUUCUGAUCAUGUUGCUAUUGCAACAACUUACAACAAUCUAGGUAGGGUCCAUCUUAAAAUGGGAGAGCAUGAAGAAGCAAAAGAUUUGUACAAACGAGCUUUACAAAUUCAGACUAAAGUAUUUGGUCAUGAUUAUGUCGAUAUUGCAACAACGUGCAGCAACCUAGGUUGGUUUUAUUUUUCUAAAAAACUUUAUAAAGAAGCUCAACGCUUUUACGAACGAGCUUUAGAUAUUCAGACAAAAGUUUUUGGUUAUAACCAUGGUAACAUAGCUACAACGUACAACAACUUAGGUUCAGUUCAUCUCACCAUGAGAGAAUAUGCCAAAGCAAAAGAAUCGUACGAGCAGGGCAUAGAAAUUCAAACUAAAGCUUUUGGUUCUGACCACGUAUAUGUUGCUGCAAUGUGCAACAACUUGGGUUUGGUUUACAUGAAUUUGGGAAAGUACGAUGAAGCUAAAGAUUUGUACAAAAAAGCUUUAGAUAUUGGUGCUAAAGCUGAAGUUAUUGAUACAGCUGCAACGUUCAACAACUUGGGUUGUGCUUACAGUAAAUUGAAAGAAUAUGUGAAGGCAAAAGUUAACUUUGAAAAAGUUUUAGGAACCAAAUCAAAAGCAUUUCCUCCAGAGCAGUUCAACAACGCUGCAGUCUUCCAAAAUUUGAUUUUAGUUUGCUAUGCAGUUAGAGAAAACGACAGAGCAGAAGAUUUGUUCAGGCGAGCUUUAAAAUAUGGAAUUGGUCAAUAUUUUUUGUCUCCUGAAGAAAUUACCAAAGAAGUAAAUUCUUACAAAUUAAUCGACAGUGUCAUAUUGUUGCCAGAUUUGGCAACAGAUGAGUUUUUUAUAAGUUCAAUUUUCCAUGCUGAAGAAAACAGAAAACAAGAUUUUGGAAUUGGAAAAUUUUGUCCAUCCACUGAAGAAAUUAUUGAAGAAGUUGACAACAUGAAAUUGUUGCCAGAAAAGGACAUCGACUGUACAAUGAAAGCAGUGGCAGAUUUAGAUCCUACUGUGGACACAUCUAUGGAUCCUGCCACCGAAAUGAAGAAACCUGAUAUAUCUCUUGAUGAUGAUGUAGACGAUGACGACGAAUUCUUUGAGAAGAAUUUUCUUGACGAAGACUACGGUAUUCGAGAUGAUGUUCGUAAAUUAUUAAAGAGAUUACCUUGGAUUUGUGGUGGAUAUGGUGUACGAUGGGAUUCCCCUCUAUCUUUGUAUGUGACUGUGGCAGCUGAAAGACAGAAUGAUGAAGAUGCAUUAAGAAAAGAAAUUAAUGAAACUUUUGGAUGGAAAGCUUCUCCUUACUUUGAAUUUGAACCAGAACCAAAAGAAAAAUCGCAGUUUCGAUUGUUGUCAGACCUUAAAGUAGUAAAAAGAGAAAACGGUCCAAAUCCAAUGAGUAAAAAGAAGGACAAAAAAAAGAUUAUUGAAGCAAUGGCAAAAGGUUCUGUCACAAUGUUUUGUAACAAAGACAAGAAACACUACGCUCUGACUUGUUUUCACAAUUCAUGCAUUACUGACCGACAAGCAGCUGGUAACGAAUUCAAUUUUUCGCACAUCUGGGAAGAUAUAAGACAAUUAUGCGAGAGAAUUUCUAGAGGAGAAAUUCCAGAUGAAAAUAGAUAUUAUUACGUUCCUCUUAUGGGUAAAGAAAUAAAACUUGGAGCUCCUUGUUUUCGAUCAUUUAAUGAAAACACUGACAUCAUGGCCAUUGAAGUGCUUGAUUGUAAAAAGAUUACUCGCACCCUUCGCGAAAUCACGGAGACUGAUUGGAAAACAGUUAAAAAUCAACUAAAGAAAAGAAAUGCUAAUGUUCGGAAACGAGUUGGAGGUGCUGUAGGAAAAAUUUUAGACAUUAGCUAUUCACACAUAUGCAGAAAAAGCAGACGUGAUAUCUUUAGCAACGUUAUCACCAUUGAAUGCGACCGUCCUUUUCUUAAAGAUGGAGAUUCUGGAGUGUUAAUAGAUUUCUACAAUGAGGACAAAGACGAACACAUACCUCUGGGUUAUGGAGUCUGCGAACAUAAAAAAGAUGAUGGAAGAAUUGUCUAUAUAGCAUUUAGAUUGGACGUCGCAUUGAAAAAUCUAAACUUAGAAAACUGUCGUUGGUACUUGGAGGAGGCAUAAAGAGUGAUCUUGCUCUUAUUUAAUGAAGUUUGGACUGAGAAUAGUUUAUAUUCAUGUUUUUAUUAGUUGCGAAAGUACUUUUUCGUAUUCACAUACAUUGAUUUAGGUUUAUUGUGUUUAUUAAUUACUUAUUUCACUUUGUUUUCUUAUUAUCGUCAUUUUGGUGUCAUUGGUGAAAUGUUCAUUUUCACUGUCACUUGUAUUCACUAUUCACAUAUUUAAUGCACAAUUUUUGUUGUUAUAAUUUAUAUUUUUCUUCCUAAAUCCAUAAUUUCUCUGUAAAUUUAUGAUUGGAGUUGAAAUUACGAAAUCUUAAAUGAAUUUCAGUUAGUCAAAGUUCAAUUUUAGGUGAAUGAUAAAAUUUUACCAGACUCUGACAACUAUAUUUACCAUCUCAAGACUAUAUCUUCAAUGUGUAAGUAUUUUCUGCAUGGCUAUUGUUGUAGUUAAGCUAAUCAUUUUUAAACAAAUAAUCAUUAUGUACUCGCCUAUAAGAAAAA